AUGGAUGAAGAAAAUGAAGUCGUAAAACUCCUUGUGAAGGUAGGAAAAAAUAUUAACAAAACGGAAGAACAACUGAGACCUUUUAUUAAAAAAAUAGUUGAGGAUAAUUGGUUAGAUUCUAUAGAAAGUUUAAAAAAUUUGAAUGAUAAUGAAUGGUAUAAUUUGCAAUUGCCUCUUCGUCUUGUUGAUGAGAUAAAAAAGGAGCUACUCCUAAGGAAAGAAGAAGAUACUAAAACAUACGAGGAUAAAAAUAAAGAUGAUAAUAAUAAUAACAACAACAAUAAUGAUAAUAAUAAUAAUAAUAAUAUGAUGGUAGAUAAUAGAUAUGAUGAAAUCAUACAUGGUGAAGAAAACCAAAUUUUGAAUUGUAAUAAGAAAUUAAAAAAAAAUCUUAAGGAAGAGAAAGAACAUAUUAUUAAUCAAAAUACAUUUUGUACAAAUAUAAGAAAAGAAAACAUAACACAUAGUAAUAAUAUAAAUAAUCAUGUUAGUUGCGAUUAUGAUAAUAAAAGAACUUCAUCACAUUACACAGAUCAUAAUAAAUCAUCUAAAUUAAUAAAUGAUAUGAAUGUGUCAAGAGAUAAUAUAGGAGUUUAUGAAAAUACAAAUAAGAAUAAAAAAGAAGGUUUCAACUAUUCUAUAAUAAAAUAUAAUAAGGAUAUAUUAGAAAAUAUGAUAAAUAAACAAACAGAAGAUAUUAAAAAAGAAGAUAUAUUUUAUCUAUCCCAUCAAGAUGAUUAUCCAAAUAAUUAUGAUAAUUAUAAUAAUGAAUAUAGCUAUUCAGAAGAAAAAACGAGAACAAUUAACAGUAUUAAUGCAUGUGAAAAAUUAAAAAAAAUUCCUAUGGAGAAUUUAAAAGUUGUCCUACCUAUACUAUGCAAAAUUGUAAAAAAUAUUUUAAUUAAUCCAAAUAUAUUAAAUACAAGAAUAUUAAAAAGUACGAAUAAUAUAAUGAAAAAUAAAAUAUUAAUAUAUCAAGAGAUUAAAAAUUUGUUAUUAUGUAUAGGUUUUGUAGAAAUAUAUAUUUUUUAUGUUAUGAUAAAAGUUGAUACUUUAUUAUUAUUGUGUAUAUAUGAAUCCUUAAAAAAUAUUUCCAAGAAUAUUAUUAAAAUCGAUGAUUCUUCGAAUUUAAAUUUUGAUCCUUUCAAAUCUAAUAUUGUGUGUGUAGAUACAUUGAAAAAAAAAAAAAACUUAUUUCAUGUGAAUGAUAAUGUGGAUAUUUUAUUAAAACAAAAAAAAGAACAGAUGGAAAAAUUAAUGAACCAACCAAUAGAAAAAAAUCCAAAAAUAUAUAAACAAAAAAAAAAUUAUAGUGAGAGUCAAGAGAGCAAAGAAAAUAAUAAGAAAAUAAAAAAAAAAAAUCACCACAACGUGUUAGAUGCACAAGAAAAAGAUGAAGAAGAUGCAGAACAUACAGAAGAUGAAGAAGAUUUCUCUCAUAUUAUUUCAAAUAUUAGAAACUUUUGUAAAGAACAGACAUUCAAAUCUAAAACAAAGUUAGAAUUAGAAAAAAUAUCCAACGCAAAGGUUUAUUCAAAAACGAUAAUAAAAAUCUUAUUUCCCGAUGAUUACAUUCUUGAAUUAUCUUUUUCAUCUGGAACGUUGUUAAGGGAUGUAAAUGAAGCAGUAAAAGGGUUUUUAAAUGAUUCAAUUAUUUCAAAAAACUGGUUUCUUUAUGAAACUCCAGGAAUUCGUAAAUUUGAUCCUCAAAAAAGUCUCUCCUUUUAUAAUCUUAUGCCACAUGCUCUUUUAAGGUUUAAGUUGGAUCAACAGGAUGAGAAUUUUGUUUUUUCAAGUUUUUUGUCUAAUGAGUCUAUAGAGAAAUAUUUAAUCUCAUCAUAG